UUCAUGAACAUACAGCAGACUGAACCAUCAGUCGAGAAACUAGAAGAGAAAGCAAGAAAAUGGCAACAAAUGCAAUCAAAGCGGUAUGGAGAAAAGAGGAAGUUUGGUUUUAUUGAACACGAAAAAGCUGAUAUGCCACCAGAACAUAUCAGAAAGAUUAUUAAAGAUCAUGGAGACAUGUCGAGUAAGAAAUAUAGACAUGAUAAACGAAUCUAUUUAGGUGCCUUAAAAUAUGUACCACAUGCAGUAUUAAAGCUGCUAGAAAAUAUGCCAAUGCCAUGGGAACAAGUUCGUGAAGUACCCGUUUUAUAUCAUAUUACUGGAGCAAUCACAUUCGUUAAUGAAAUUCCGUGGGUUAUUGAACCUGUGUAUAUAGCACAAUGGGGUACUAUGUGGAUUAUGAUGCGUCGCGAAAAACGCGAUAGACGACAUUUUAAACGUAUGCGUUUCCCACCAUUUGAUGACGAAGAGCCUCCAUUAGAUUAUGGUGAUAAUAUUUUAGAUGUAGAACCAUUGGAAGCAAUUCAAAUGGAAUUAGAAGAGGAUGAAGAUGCGCCAGUUUAUGAGUGGUUAUAUGAUCAUAAACCUUUGAUGGACACUAAGUUCGUGAAUGGGUCAACAUAUCGGCGGUGGAAAUUAAGCUUGCCUAAAAUGUCCACUUUAUAUCGUUUAGCACACCAAUUGUUGUCAGACUUGACAGAUCAAAAUUAUUUCUAUUUAUUUGAUUUAAAGUCAUUUUUCACUGCUAAAGCAUUAAAUUUGGCGAUUCCUGCUGGACCAAAGUUUGAGCCAUUGUAUAGAGAUAUGGAUGCGGCUGAUGAUGAUUGGAAUGAGUUUAAUGAUAUAAAUAAGAUUAUUAUUAGGCAACCCAUUCGUACAGAAUAUAAAAUAGCUUUCCCUUUCCUAUAUAAUUCUUUGCCACGUUCCGUCCAAGUAUCAUGGUAUCACGAACCUUCGGUCGUUUAUAUUCGUGCUGAGGAUCCUGAUUUACCUGCAUUUUAUUUUGAUCCUAUCAUAAAUCCUAUUUCAUCGCGCAAUGUUGCUGCUGCACAAGACCUUCGAAAUUUACAUGAAGACGAAAUAUUUGGUGAAAAAGAUAUAGAUACAGAAUUUUCACUUCCAAGCAGAAUUGUACCAUUUUUAGAAGAUCGACCAUUAUAUACAGACACGACAGCUGACGGAAUUGCAUUAUGGUGGGCACCUUAUCCUUUUAAUAAGCGUAGCGGUCGAAUGAGACGAGCUGAAGAUAUACCUUUAGUAAAGAAUUGGUAUCUUGAACAUUGUCCUCCUGGACAGCCUGUGAAAGUUCGUGUCUCUUAUCAAAAGCUCAUAAAGUGUUAUGUUUUAAAUGCUUUGAAACAUCGCUCUCCGAAAUCCUUGAACAAGAAAUACUUGUUCCGUCAACUUAAAUCUACAAAAUUCUUCCAAACUACUGAACUGGAUUGGGUUGAGGCUGGAUUACAAGUUUGUCGUCAAGGGUACAAUAUGCUUAACCUUUUGAUCCAUCGUAAGAAUCUCAAUUACUUGCAUUUGGAUUACAAUUUCAACUUAAAACCCGUGAAAACACUUACCACAAAAGAACGUAAAAAGUCUCGAUUUGGAAAUGCCUUCCAUUUAUGUCGAGAAAUUUUACGGUUGACCAAGUUGGUCGUUGAUUCACACGUACAAUAUCGCUUGGGUAAUGUAGAUGCAUUCCAGUUAGCUGAUGGUUUACAAUAUAUAUUUGCACAUGUCGGUCAACUCACUGGAAUGUACAGAUACAAAUACCGUUUAAUGAGACAAAUUAGAUUGUGUUUCAGCGGGGACACCAAAAUUAUGAUGCCAAACGGAACUUUUAAAGAAGCAAAGGAUAUAGCUGUUGGAGAUCAAGUAUUGGGUGAUGACGGUGAACCUCGUCGCGUAAUUUCACGUACUCAAGGUCAUGGCAUUAUGUAUCGCAUAAAUCUCUCUAAGAUAAAAGGUGAUGGAUUCGUUUGUAACGGACAACAUAUUCUCGUGCUUAAGUCCAAAUUCCAUCCUACGAUCGAAGUAGACGAAAAAGGACAAUCGAUUACUGUUGUUUAUAUGUCAUUCGAUACAUAUGACAGAGAUCUUAGUUUAAAAAUUCCGACUAUUUCUUCUAAAAGCUUUUCUUGGAAUCUUAACGUUUAUGACAGUUAUGAAGCAGCGAAGAAAGCGGCUUCUAAACGUUUAGAAGAACUAAUUGUGCUUGGUUAUAAAGGUCAGCUCUGUUCAGGAUUUAAUCGAUGGACAAUACAAUUAAGUUAUGAAUCACCAUAUACCAAACCUUUGGAAUAUGAUGGACUUAAUUUUUACUGGAAACAACCAAAAAAUAAAAGAAUUUAUAAACACGAGGACGCUAUAGUUCGAGCAAAUAAUUUCGUAGAGAAACAAAAUGAAUUCAUUAGGAAUUUUGUUUGGGAAGUUUCCGUUGAGAAUUACCUACGAUUCCAUAAGAAAUAUCCAUAUGUUGCCGAGUAUAUUAGAAUGUACCGUUGUUCUGUUCUAAAAUUCCCCGAAUCAAGUAUUUUAAAUAUUAAAUCCUUGAUUCAAGAUUCAUUUAAAGAAGCUGGUGUUUACAACAAUUACCUUGAUGAGGGUGAACUUGCUUGGCUUUUAGGUGCAUGGCUCGGCAAUGGCGAUGCAUUAAGACCAAUAAUUUAUCUUCAUUCUGAGAAUUCUCGUAACGUAUUAAUUAGAUUAAGAGAGAUUUCUGAAAAAUUACAACUAAACCUUGUAAUUGUGGACAAGUCAGAUGAAUGUUACAAAGGAAUUCUUCUUUCCACAACUUCAGAAUCAAUUAUUAAGAAGUCAGUAAUUAAAUAUGAUGAGCUUGGAUUGCCAAUAGUGGAUAAUGAUGAGUUAAUUCUUAAAUCCGGUCAAAAUAUAUACAAUAUCUUUAUAAAUAUUCUCAAACGUUUGGGAAUAUUUGAAAACAAUAAAGUAUUUGACGAUAAUUUGAUCUGUGGCUUUACAAAUCAAUCGGAACAUUUUCGACUUAAUCUUUUGGCGGGACUUAUUGAUACCACCGGCUACAUUAAAUAUCAUAAACAAAAUCGUUGUAGUUACGAAGUUUCUCAAGGUCUAAAGUCUCAUAUGCGUAUCGAGCGCCUUGUUCGCCAUGUGUCACUUUCUUUAGGGUUAAAGGCAACGAUUAGCACAGAUGUAGAACAACUACAUGGUAGUGAUAAAAGAAGAAUCGCAGAAUCGGUUCGAAUCAUUAUUAGUGGAUCAAAAAUCAAUGACAUUCCAGUUGUCGUUGAUCAUAAACGAAUACCUGGAGAACAAAGGUUGAUGACAUAUAGUAAUUCUAAUGGAUGCAUUAAAUUUUCCAUCGAGCGCUUAAAUGAAGAUGAUUAUUAUGGCUUUGGAGUAGAUGGAAAUAAUGAAAGAAUAUUACUAAAUGAUUUCUUGGUGUCACAUAACUGUAAAGACUUGAAGCACCUUAUUUAUUAUCGUUUUAAUACGGGACCAGUAGGGAAGGGUCCAGGUUGUGGUUUUUGGGCUCCAGGAUGGCGUGUUUGGCUAUUUUUCAUGAGGGGUAUUGUUCCUUUAUUAGAAAGAUGGCUUGGAAAUUUAUUGGCACGUCAUUUUGAAGGUCGUCAUUCUAAGGGAAUUGCCAAGACUGUAACAAAGCAACGUGUUGAAUCUCAUUAUGACCUUGAACUUCGUGCUGCCGUUAUGCAUGAUAUCUUGGAUAUGAUGCCGGAAGGCAUCAAAGCUAAUAAAUCCAAGACUAUUUUACAGCAUCUUAGUGAGGCUUGGAGAUGUUGGAAAGCAAACGUUCCUUGGCAUAUUAUGGGAAUGCCUAAACCGAUCGAAAAUAUGAUCCUUAGAUAUGUUAAGAGCAAAGCCGACUGGUGGACUAGUGUUGCGCAUUAUAAUCGUGAAAGAAUUCGAAGAGGUGCAACCGUUGACAAAACGGUAUGCAAAAAAAAUCUUGGACGUUUGACGCGUUUGUGGUUGAAAGCCGAACAAGAACGUCAACAUAAUUAUCUCAAAGAUGGUCCUUAUAUUACUGCCGAAGAAGCCGUUGCGAUUUACACGUCCACUGUCCAUUGGUUAGAAAGUCGUAAAUUUUCACCCAUUCCUUUCCCACCACUUUCAUAUAAACAUGACACCAAAUUAUUAAUUUUGGCGCUCGAAAGAUUGAAAGAGGCUUAUAGUGUAAAAGGAAGACUUAAUCAAAGUCAACGCGAAGAAUUGGGCUUAAUCGAACAAGCUUAUGACAAUCCACACGAAGCACUUAGUCGAAUUAAACGUUUAUUGUUGACCCAGCGGGCAUUUAAAGAAGUCGGAAUCGAAUUUAUGGAUCUUUAUAGCCACUUGAUUCCAGUAUUUGACGUUGAACCUCUUGAAAAGAUUACUGAUGCGUAUCUUGAUCAAUAUCUUUGGUACGAGGGAACAAAGAGAAAUUUAUUUCCUGCAUGGAUUAAACCUUCUGACACUGAACCACCACCAUUGCUUGUUUAUAAAUUCUGUCAAGGAAUUAACAAUUUGACAGAUGUAUGGGAUACAUCUGAAGGACAAAUUAAUGUCAUGUUGGAAACUCAAUUUAGUAAAGUCUAUGAAAAGAUAGAUUUGACUUUAUUAAACAGAUUAUUAAGAUUAAUCCUGGAUCACAAUCUCGCCGAUUACAUGACAGCGAAGAAUAACGUAGUUCUAAACUACAAAGACAUGAAUCAUGUUAAUGCAUACGGCUUAAUUCGUGGUUUGCAAUUCGCAAGUUUCAUAUUCCAAUAUUAUGGCCUCAUUCUUGACUUGUUAGUUCUUGGAUUACAACGAGCAUCUGAAAUGGCAGGGCCAGCCUCGAUGCCUAAUGACUUUCUUCAAUUCCGUGAUGUUGUAACCGAAACUAGACAUCCGAUAAGAUUGUACUGUCGUUAUAUCGAUAAAGUUCAUAUAUUUUUCCGAUUUAAUGCUGAAGAAGCUAGAGACCUUAUUCAACGUUAUUUAACAGAACAUCCUGAUCCAAAUUCGGAAAAUAUAGUUGGGUAUAAUAAUAAGAAAUGUUGGCCACGAGAUUGUAGGAUGAGACUUUUCAAGAGUGAUGUUAAUGCUGGAAGAGCAGUAUUUUGGGAUAUUAAGAAUAGAUUACCUCGUUCAUUAACCACAAUCGAAUGGGAGGACACUUUUUGUAGUGUUUAUUCGAAGGAUAAUCCAAACGUUUUGUUUUCAAUGUGUGGUUUUGAAGUAAGAAUACUUCCAAAGAUUCGAAAUCUUAACGAAGAAUUUACACUUAAGGAUGGUGUUUGGAAUUUGAUUAACGAACAAACAAAAGAAAGAACUGCACAAGCUUUCCUUCGCGUUGAUGAAGAAUCAAUGCAAAAGUUUCAUAAUCGUGUCCGACAAAUUUUAAUGGCUAGCGGCAGUACCACAUUCAGUAAAAUCAGUAACAAGUGGAACACCUGCUUAAUUGGUUUGAUGUCUUACUAUAGAGAAGCAGUUGUACAUACUCGUGAACUGUUGGAUAUUAUUGUGAAAGCGGAAAAUAAGAUUCAAACCAGAAUUAAGAUAGGUCUUAACAGUAAAAUGCCUAGUCGUUUCCCUGUGCACGUAUUUUAUUGUCCCAAAGAAUUGGGUGGCCUUGGUAUGUUGUCGAUGGGUCAUGUGCUUAUUCCUCAAUCUGAUUUACGCUGGAGUAAACAAACAGAAACGCAGAUUACACACUUUCGCGCCGGGAUGUCACAUGAGGAAGAUCAAUUGAUUCCUAAUUUAUUCCGAUAUCUUCAACCAUGGGAGUCCGAAUUCAUUGAUUCUCAACGUGUAUGGGCGGAAUAUGUACUCAAGCGUCAAGAAGCUAAUGCUCAAAAUAGACGAUUAACACUUGAAGAUCUUGAAGAUUCUUGGGAUAGAGGGUUACCUAGAAUUAAUACUUUGUUCUCAAAAGAUCGACAUACUCUUGCUUACGAUAAAGGAUGGCGGGUCAGAAAUGAUUUUAAACAAUAUCAAGUACUAAAGAAUAAUCCAUUCCAUUGGACCAGUUCGCGUCAUGACGGAAAGCUUUGGUCUCUCAACAAUUAUCGAACUGAUGUCAUUCAAGCACUUGGAGGUCUCUUCUGGGAGAAAGCAUCCGGAUUUGAGGAAUCUAUGAAAUAUAAGAAAUUAACAAAUGCUCAAAGAUCCGGUCUUAAUCAAAUUCCGAACAGAAGGUUUACCUUGUGGUGGUCUCCAACUAUUAAUCGUGCCAAUGUCUAUGUUGGUUUCCAAGUACAACUUGAUCUCACUGGUAUCUUUAUGCAUGGAAAAAUUCCCACAUUGAAAAUUUCACUAAUUCAAAUAUUCCGGGCUCAUUUAUGGCAAAAAGUAUUCGAUUCGGAGCUUGAAAGUUUACAGAUCGAAACAGUUCAAAAGGAGAGUAUUCAUCCGAGAAAAUCAUACAAGAUGAAUUCCUCGUGUGCAGACAUAUUACUUUUCGCUGCAUACAAGUGGAAUGUAUCCAAACCAUCAUUAUUGAAUGAUAAUAAAGACACCAUGGACGGUACUACAACUUCGCGUUGGUUUGUCGAUGUACAACUUAGAUUUGGUGAUUUUGAUUCUCAUGACAUUGAAAGAUAUACCAGAGCAAAAUUCUUAGAUUAUUCUACAGAUAAUAUGAGUAUAUAUCCAUCGCCAUUUGGCAUUAUGAUUGGUAUAGAUCUCGCGUAUAAUUUACAUAGUGCGUAUGGUCAUUGGAUUCCUGGAAUGAAACCAUUAAUACAAUCAGCAAUGGCUAAGAUUAUGAAGGCAAAUCCUGCGUUAUACGUCUUGCGUGAACGUAUCCGUAAAGGUUUACAAUUAUAUUCCUCGGAGCCAACUGAACCUUACUUAUCAUCACAAAAUUAUUCUGAAUUGUUUAGCAAUCAGAUUAUUUGGUUCGUUGAUGACACCAAUGUAUAUCGUGUAACCAUUCACAAGACAUUUGAAGGCAAUUUGACCACGAAACCAAUAAACGGAGCUAUUUUCAUUUUUAAUCCAAGAACUGGACAAUUGUUCUUGAAGAUUAUUCACACUUCGGUUUGGGCGGGUCAGAAACGUUUGGGUCAAUUGGCCAAGUGGAAAACUGCAGAAGAAGUAGCUGCUUUAAUUAGGUCAUUGCCAAUUGAAGAACAGCCUAAACAAAUUAUUGUUACACGAAAGGGCAUGUUGGAUCCUCUUGAAGUACACUUACUUGAUUUCCCCAAUAUUGUUAUCAAAGGAAGUGAGUUACAACUUCCAUUCCAGGCUUGUCUUAAAUUAGAAAAGUUUGGUGAUUUGAUUCUCAAGGCUACUGAGCCUCAAAUGACUCUGUUUAAUUUGUUCGACGAUUGGCUUAAAACGAUUUCUUCGUACACUGCAUUCUCGCGUCUUAUUCUUAUUUUACGUGCUUUACAUGUGAAUACGGAUAAAACAAAGAUGAUUUUACGUCCCGAUAAAAAUACCAUUACUGAACCUCAUCAUAUUUGGCCAACGUUGUCUGAUGAAGAAUGGAUUAAAGUUGAAGUUGCUUUGAAAGAUUUGAUUUUGGCAGAUUAUGGAAAAAAGAAUAAUGUAAAUGUAGCAUCUCUUACACAAUCGGAAAUUCGUGAUAUUAUCCUUGGUAUGGAAAUUUCCGCACCAUCUUUGCAACGGCAACAAAUUGCAGAGAUUGAAAAACAAACCAAGGAACAGUCUCAACUUACGGCCGUCACUACAAAAACGCAAAAUGUACACGGUGAUGAGAUGAUUGUCACAACAACUAGUAAUUAUGAGACACAAACAUUUUCUUCAAAGACGGAAUGGCGAGUUCGCGCCAUAUCUUCAACAAAUUUACACCUUCGUACCAAUCAUAUUUACGUCAACGCGGAGGAUAUUAAGGAUACCGGAUAUACUUAUGUUUUACCAAAGAACGUAUUGAAACGAUUCAUUCAAGUUGCCGACCUCCGAACCCAAAUUGCUGCAUUUCUUUAUGGGGUAUCGCCUCGUGAUAAUGCUCAAGUUAAAGAAAUUAAGAGUUUGGUUAUAAUUCCACAAUAUGGUACGCAUCAAUCAGUAAAUUUACCAUAUGCGUUACCGGAUCACGAAUAUCUCAAAGAUCUUGAACCUCUUGGUCUUAUUGUGACUCAACCAUUUGAGACUGCACAAUUGUCUCCGACAAUUCUAUCGCUUCAUGCAAGAAUUGUAGCAGACAAUAGGAAUUGGGAUGCAGACAAAACAAUUUCGAUGACGGUCUCAUUCACACCUGGAUCUUGCUCGUUGACGGCAUAUAAAUUGACACCUGCUGGUUUCGAAUGGGCUCGUAAUAAUAAGGACACGUCUGUUAAUCCACCAGGUUAUCUUCCAACAUUUGCUGAAAAAGUACAAAUGUUGUUAUCUGAUCGAUUCAUGGGAUUCUUUAUGGUUCCGGAAAAUGAUAUUUGGAAUUAUUCAUUUAUGGGACCUAGUCACAGCGCAUCUAUGAAAUAUACCCUCAAGUUAGAUGUACCGAAAGAAUUUUAUCACGAAUUACACAGGCCGCAACAUUUUCUUAACUUUAGUUCAAUGGAGGAAGAUGUCGAAGCUGAUCGAGAAGACGCAUUUUCUUAG